GUACGUGCGUCAGCGAGCGCGGCGGUUCCAGGCGUCGGGUCGGGAGCAGAGAGAACUGUGCUGCUGUACAGUCUUUGUUGCACGCCCUAGCGGGGGCGCUUAGGAACAAACGCAUCCUACAGCUAUGGCUUUCUCGCUUUUCCAGUCUUUCUUCUGACGGCUGGGCGCCUGGGCCAUGUGGACCCUCGCGGGCCGGGGCUGUCGGCGUGGACGCGUGCUCCUGCCAUGGGGUACAGGGGCCGCGCGAUCCGAGCUACCCAGGCCCCGGCCCGCGCCCAGCUUCGGGGCAGCUGCGGAGUGCUGGGCUGGAGACAGGCUCUGCAGUUCUGCAGGGCGCAAGGAAAAACCAGACAUGUCUAAAUUUCCUGUUGAAGAUAUUAGAAAUUUCAGUAUCAUUGCACAUGUAGAUCAUGGCAAAAGUACUUUAGCCGACAGGCUGUUAGAACUAACAGGAACAAUUGAUAAGACAAAAAAUAAUAAGCAAGUUCUUGAUAAAUUGCAAGUGGAACGAGAAAGAGGAAUCACUGUUAAAGCACAGACAGCGUCUCUUUUUUACAAUUUUGAAGGAAAGCAAUACCUUUUAAAUCUUAUUGAUACACCAGGCCAUGUUGAUUUUAGUUACGAGGUGUCCAGGUCACUUUCUGCUUGCCAGGGUGUUUUACUGGUGAUUGAUGCAAAUGAGGGUAUUCAAGCUCAAACUGUAGCAAACUUCUUUCUUGCUUUUGAAGCACAGCUAUCAGUAAUUCCAGUUAUAAACAAGAUAGAUCUGAAGAAUGCAGAUCCUGAAAUGGUUGAGAAACAAAUUGAAAAAGUAUUUGACAUUCCAAGGAAUGAAUGCAUUAAGAUUUCUGCUAAACUUGGGACAAAUGUUGAAAGUGUUCUUCAGGCAGUUAUCGAAAGAAUACCCCCUCCUAAGGUACAUCGCAAGAAUCCCCUGAGAGCUCUGGUAUUUGACUCCAUUUUUGACCAGUAUAGAGGUGUGAUAGCCAAUGUAGCAUUGUUUGACGGAAUGGUUUCCAAAGGAGAUAAAAUUGUAUCGGCACAUACUCAAAAGACAUACGAAGUUAAUGAAGUAGGAGUUUUAAAUCCUAAUGAGCAGCCAACUCUUAAAUUAUAUGCAGGACAGGUGGGCUAUUUGAUUGCUGGGAUGAAAGAUGUCACUGAAGCACAAAUAGGAGAUACACUGUAUUUACAUAAUCAUCCAGUGGAGCCCUUGCCUGGGUUUAAAUCAGCGAAACCAAUGGUAUUUGCAGGAAUGUACCCUACAGAUCAAUCUGAAUAUAAUAACCUGAAGAGUGCUAUAGAAAAACUGACUUUAAAUGACUCCAGUGUGACAGUACAUCGGGAUAGUAGUCUUGCCCUGGGUGCUGGCUGGAGAUUGGGAUUUCUUGGACUUCUGCAUAUGGAAGUUUUCAACCAGCGACUAGAGCAAGAAUAUAAUACAUCUGUUAUUUUGACAACCCCUACUGUUCCAUAUAAAGCUAUUCUUUCAUCAGCAAAGUUGAUAAAGGAAUACAGAGAAAAAGAAAUCACGAUAAUCAAUCCUGCACAAUUCCCUGAUAAAUCAAAAGUAGCAGAGUAUCUGGAGCCAGUUGUUCUGGGUACUAUUAUCACACCAGAUGAAUAUACUGGGAAAAUAAUGGCACUUUGCCAGGCUCGAAGAGCAGUUCAGAAACAUUUAAUGUUCAUUGAUCAAAAUAGAGUUAUGCUUAAAUAUCUCUUCCCUUUGAAUGAAAUUGUCGUUGAUUUUUACGACUCUUUGAAAUCCCUGUCUUCUGGAUAUGCUAGCUUUGAUUAUGAAGAUGCAGGCUACCAGACAGCAGAACUUGUAAAAAUGGACAUUCUCCUGAAUGGAAAUAUUGUAGAGGAAUUAGUAACUGUUGUACAUAAAGAAAAAGCAUACUCUGUUGGAAAAACCAUAUGUGAACGCCUAAAGGAUUCUCUUCCUAGGCAGCUGUUUGAGAUAGCAAUUCAAGCUGCUAUUGGAAGUAAAAUCAUUGCAAGAGAAACUGUGAAAGCCUAUAAGAAAAAUGUUUUGGCAAAAUGUUAUGGCGGUGAUAUUACCCGAAAAAUGAAACUUUUGAAGAGACAAGCAGAAGGGAAAAAAAAGCUGAGGAAAAUUGGCAACAUUGAAGUUCCAAAAGAUGCUUUUAUAAAAGUUUUAAAAACACAAUCUAAUAAAUAAUUCAGAAUUUUCAUAAAGUAUAAUCUAUUGUUUUUACAAUUUAUAAUAUUUUGACAAUGAAAAUUUUAAGAAUUGCUUACUUUUAGGGUUUUCAGGUUUAAAAACCUACUGGCUUUUCCUUGAAAGAGAAUUGUACAUGGAUAAGAGGUAGGAUUUAGAAGCAUACACUUUGAAAUUUCUGUUCUGAUAUUCAUUAGUCAUCUUGGCUGGAUUACUUGCCCUUUGUAGCACAUUAAAAUUAGGGUUACACUACUUUACCUCUACAGGUUGUUGUAAAAAUUAAAUGAUUAAAUGUGUGAUAAAGUUAGACACAUAUAAUUGGAUUUUAACUUUUUUUUCCCAUGCAGGUUUAGUGUUCAUUUUAAAAGGUCCUAUAUUGAUGAUUCCCUCUAGUUUAAAAGAUUUUCAAGAUCAUUGAAUUGUCAAAGCUGGAUCAAUACCUGAUAUAUAUGAAUUAUUUACUAAAGUAAACUCAACCACUGUUUAGACAUUUGCUUUAGUUUUUUGGACAUCUUAUCAAUCAGUUAACUACAUGGUUUACAUUAUAUUUCUAAGCUAAGUCUAGGGCAGGUAUUAUAUUAUUCCUGGCCAUGAAAAUGCUUUUAUGCAAAAUGGUUAUAUGGUAUUAGUGGGCUAUAGUAUAUAUUUGCCUAAAUGUCAUAUUUGAGAUCACAGUAAAUUGCUGUUAAUUCAAAUCACUUUCAUUCUGUCAAGAAAUGAGCACACAGAAUAUGUUACAGAAACAAGAUAAUUUGUUAUUGAUAUUUGUUAUCUACCUUGAAUGAGGAAAAUAUCUUUUAGGGAUAAGACCAUGAAUGAUGAAUUUUAUGCUCAGUGUGUUACAUUAAAGGAUAGUUUUAAUUAUGAAUUAAAGUUAGUAUUUGCCAGGCGUGGUGAAGUCAAAAGUUGGUACCUGGUACAUAAUAGAUACCGUGUCUGUUAUGUAACUUUUUUUUUCCUGACAAAUGUUACUCUCCUUUACCCUAUGACUCUUUUUGCUUGUACUAAUCCUAGUACAAAACAGCAGUUUUUAGACUGAUUAUUUUCUUUUUAUUUAAUGGCACUUGAGAUUAACUUGGGGCUACAGAGCUGCAUAUGUGGCCCUUUUUCUGAUAGACAGUCUUGCUAAAUUGCCAAAGCUGGCCUCAAAUUUGAGAUCCUCCUCCUUCCACCUCCUGGAUAGAGGGAAAUAAAGACUGUGGCACCACCCCCCACCUCAUUUUGCAAAUUUUUGUCAAAAGUUUAAGGUCUCUCUUGUGGCCACUUUACUAGUCAGAUGAUUUUAGUGACUUCAAGCUGUGUGUCUUACAAGGAUAGACUACCAGCAAUAUUAUAUACUAAGAUUUCUACAAUGAUGUUUGACUAUUAAAAUAGUUUAAGUUUGAUAUGUUGGCUACCAUGGCUGAGUUCUUUAUGCUUUUAUUCAAUCUAUAUAACAAGAGAAGCUAAGAUAUUUAGCCAAGGGCAGUUACUGAUUGACAUGGAAUUCAAAUAGUGCUUUUAUUCUUUGAAAGUCCAUUUUACUUCUUGUGAAAUGACUCCAGUAAGCUUUCAAGUUCUGUAACAGUAUCUUACUUUCUGACUUAGCUCCCUAAAUUACAGGGGCCAGAGUAGUUUGCUGCAGUUAAGAGUACAUGAACCUAAACUAAACUAGCUUAACAUCAGUUGUAAUGAAAAGAGUAUCUUACAGCUUUAAAGCACAGCAAUAGCUGUGAAUGGUAAACCAAAAUAGGCACACCUUAGGCUUUUUCACUCCGAUAUACUAUGACCAAAGAUAGUUAAGGUAGUCUUCAGUAAACAUUUCUUAUUAUCAGAGCUGCUACUGCCAGAUGCUACUGAUACACUGGUUAAAAUCUCUGGUAAGGCUAUUAAAUUUAUCUUAACAUAAAGCAGCAUUAUUUUACUCUAGAAGCCUUAUCUCUUUAAUUUCCUUUGCUAUUUAAAUUUUUUAAAUAACUUAUAUUUUAAUCAGAUUAUGAAGGAGAUACACAAGGCUUCUUCUACAAGAUGUACUUAUAAAAUGCAAAAAAUGCAAAGGAUAAGGUGUGUUCUUUUACUUCCACAAGACAAAAAACUAAAAUUAUAGGUAAGAAGACUAUCUUUAAAUCUGCUAAUUGAAUAAUGGCAACAAAUAAUGUUACUUAGGAGUACUGUUAAUUGUUGGAAUCUCACAUAUAUAUGUGUUGUUUCACUUCUGGAAAUAAAAUUUAGAUAACUUCCUUAUUAAUAAGCUUUAUUUGAGUUAAAGAUAGAAAAUAUAGAUCUAUAAUUUAAUUGAAUUUAUUGCAAUCUGAAAUGGUUUACAGUAAUCUUUUAUAUCAUACAUCCCUUUAGACAUAUAUACACAAGGAAUAAAGCUAAUCAUUUAUGAAAUUUAGCAAUAAUCAGAAAAUAUUCUCCAAAAGAGUUUAAGUUUAUAUAAAGCUCAUAAUGCCAGAGAGAGAGAGAGAGAGCAAGAACCCUAGUCAUUAAGUAAAAAUAAGAGCAUAUUUGUAAAAAGGUGCUAUAUAAGAAGGUGCGCAAAAAAAACAUGCACUUACACAUACUUUCCAAAAGGAUGUAAACUACUUUUAGACAUUGUCAUCUCUUCACAUUUUCUUUACCAACAAUAUGUAGCGGGACUUCUGAUGUCCACAUACUAUUGCUGAAAGAUGACUAAGGCAACACCGUGCAGAAAAAAGAAUGUGUGUAAUACACAGAAAUCUAAAGAUAGCAUUCCAAGAGUAAAAAUUUGCAAUGAUAGUGGUAUGAUAAAUGAAAAGCUUGGAGUGUCUUCCUGUAAUUAAAAAAUGAAAAAUCUACAUCAUAUCAUACAUGGUACCUAAUGUAUAGAAUUUUUAAUUUUAAAAUGAAACCAGCAGAAUUUGUAUGGUGUUUUACAGGUUGGUAUGUAGCUUUCUAUAAUUUAUAAUAAAUAGCCAAGUAUUUCUCAUAAACCCUAGUGUAAAAUAGACAUUCUAAAUAUGGAAUGUUCAGCAUAGAUAAUGGAUUUUUAAAGUGACAAUCUUCAGUGUUUCCCAUGAUUUAUCAUGUUGCAUAGCUGAAAAUUCAUCUACUAAUAAGAAGGUGUUUCCAAGUAGAAUUUUGCUUCAAAGUCCUUCAGUUUCCUUCUUUCAUACUGUAUAGCGGAUCCACAAGUUUAUUGUGCACAUGCAUUAAACCUUAAAGACAAAAAACACAGUUCUAGUUGUGUUUUUGUUAAUUUUAAACUAUCUCACUCACUUUAGAAAACAAAAUAUUUCGAAGAUAUAAGUAUUUUUGGUUUCCAUUUGAUACAAGUCACUUUUAUUGAAAACUAUAAACAGAAAUGCCUUAAAAUACUUUUAACUACCUAGCAAAUAACAGCUUAUAAUUAUUUAUAAAACUGCAGGCCUAAAAUGUGUUCAGUACUUUGAAAGUAACCAGAGUAGGAGCAGUGUUCGUCUUCAGAGAACAAUUCAUAUUGUUAAAGAUCAAAGGAUGACAAAACCAGGACAGUAGUUUAUCUGGGGAUUGCUGGUUUAGAAAAUGGACAUGUUAAAUGCCUUAAAAAUGAAAAUGAGUAUUGUUUGUAUUAACUCCAAAGAACACAUUUAUAUGAAAUCUGGAGAACUACAUGAAAUAUUUAGGUAAAAUUCUACCUGCAAACUCAGGUUAUUCACAACUCAUCACUGAGGUGCUCUCUGUUUCUAUCUAUCAAAUUACAAAGCCAACAAUUCCUAAUCUUAAUUUGUUGCUUAGUAAAAUUAAUUUAAAUGACAAUAUAAAAAAUAAAAUUGUUACACAAGCAAAUGUUUAAAUUUGAUACAUGUACUUCAUUACCUAUUAAAAUGCCUUUGAAGAAUAUUUAGUAAAGAAGGGAAGUGCUCACAAAACAUUAAAUGGAAAUAUAAAACUAUACAGAGUGAGAUCAAAAUUUUUCUCUGAAAAAUUAUACUUUCAGUACUUGCCAAACUUCAAUUACUUGCAUACCACUUUCAAUAUGCCAUUUUAACAUUUAUAUCAACUAUAUAAGUUAAUGAUUUCCUUUAACUGAAUUAUAUUGAUUACAUACUAUAAUUCUAAAUAUGAAAUGCUGUUUGAGACAUUUUCUGUACUGUUUACAAGUAAUUUAUCAAUUUAAGUAUCACAUGACACCAAUUUUAAGACAUCCCAACUAAAGAUCAGUAUGUCCAAGAGUAAAACAUGGCUUAAUCUUGUCGCAAGCAAUGAUAUUCAUGAAACAAAGAUUUGACUUAGUAUAUUUUCUGUUAAAAUCACUAGACAAGAUUAAAAUGUGUAUGUAACAGAAGUAGCACAUAUUCUAAAUACCAGCUAUAUAACUGUAAGUGACUUAUAAAAUAAUUUUCUGCUCAUGUAUUUGGGUUUAGGAAGCCAACUCUUAAUCAGGUAAUGAGUUCUUAGUUUAAUGUAGUAAAAACAUUCCUUAAAAUCUAAACAACUUAUCAUGCCAAGCAUAUGUGAUUUUUUUUUUUUAAAUACACAAACAGGUACAAUACGGUUAUAGGAUUACUAACAUAGAAUGCAGGAAAAAGCAAAAGGAAAAUCAUGCAGAAGUCUAGGCAGUGAAGAUCCUGUUGAUUUAUAGCAUUUUUCCUAGUGUUUUAAAACAUAGCUAUUAUAAGGGAAAACAAACUAUGAUGAAAAGUGAGAGAGUGGAAGAUCCAUCAACAAUGGAUUAGAUUUUAAGUAGAGACUUAGGGUAGGGCUGGUAAACAUGAAAAGAAACUCAGAAAGCAUAGAUACACAUUCUGUUUGGUUAUUUAAUGUGGUAUAUUCAAUAUGAAAGUAAAAUAUUAAAUUUUAGAUUUUAAGAAAAAUGGAUUGGGCUGGGGAUUUAGCUCAGUAGCACAAGUGCCUGCUUGACAGGCACAUGGUUGUGAGUUCAAUCUCUAGUACCAAAAAAUAAAAAAUAAUGAGGGCUGGGGAUUUAGAUUAGUGGCAUAUGCGCCUGAUUGGCAAGCAUAAUAAGAUCAUGAGUUUGAUCCGUGACACCAAAAAAAAAAAAAAAAAAAAAAAGAGUAAGAAAAUAGGGCACCUCUCUGAACACUACUCUUACCCCAAAAGUUUUAUUCCUUGAAAAAUCUGCUGUUAUAUCAGCAUGAGUUUCCAACAGGCUGUAAAGUAGGGUUUAAUCCCCAUAGUAAUACUAAGUUUUCUCAUCUACACCAGAACAUCUCACACUUUGCUUUUGAAAUUUAGUGCUCACCUUUAAAGUAUUUCACAGUUUUAACUCUUAAUUCUAAAGUAGCAUCUUCAUCACAUACAAAAAUAGUUCUAGGAUGCUGCUGGAACGCUGAAACAGUCCACAUGUGAUUAACUCCUUCUUCUAUUGCUUUGUACAAGGCGAAUGCUUUGUGUGCACCUGUUAUGAGGAUCAUCACCUGAAAAAUCAGGCACAUUCAUUGUUAAUUAGUAGCAAUGUGCUAGUAUUAACAUUGCAAAGGGAGUGGAAGGAAUGGAGGCUGGUAGAAACUUUAAAGAGUCAGAUGAAAAAUAAUUUAGUGUUUAUGGUUAGUAAAUAUAAGAAGACAUCUGAAAAGGGAGAGAGUAAAAAAUAGCUUUCAAAAUACAAUUUUGAUACUGAUUUGUAACCUAUUUUAUUUUAACUACUCUUAUUUUCAAUGACCGAAAUCCUAUUAUGAAAAAAGACAACCUGUAAUCAAUAAUUUAAGACGCUUUCUCAAAUGAAGCGCCUGCUUUGCAAGCGUGUGGUUAUGAGUUCAAUCCCUGGUACUGGUAAAAAUACAAAAAAAAAAAAAAAAAAAAAAAAAACCCUUCAAAUGUGAAGAAUCAAUUUUUGGGUGUGAACACCAGUGAUUCUUAUACAUGCCCUGAUGAUUGAGAACCACUGCGCUAUACAACCUUAAGAUGGCAAGCAUGCCAGAAGAACAGAUACAUGAGUUAUUGUAAUCAACAUAAAAAAUCUGUGAAUAUAAAAUAAAGCAGAAUAAUGAUAGUAAAAUUUUAUGGGAAAGCUCAGAAAACUCCUCUGGGAAACUAAGUCUUAUUAUGGACAAACAAAAUCUCCAGGUAAUGGAGAAUUUGAGUUAUAGGGUAGUCAAUUAAAAGCUAGAGCAAGGUGUUACAACGCAUACCUGUAAUCCUAGAACUUGGGAGGCAGUAGGACUGCUGUGAGUUCCAGGACAGCCUGGGCUACAAAGAGAGACACUGUCUCAGAUAGAGAUAGACAGACAGAGAACUGGGCAUGUAGCUCAAUGCAAAGACCUUAGGUUCAAUUUCCACUCUUGGGGAAGACAGGGCUGGAAGACUGAUAAAGAUGGAGCAUACAGAAUCAAAAAAACUAUCGCUGCAAACUGGUUGGAUACUUUAAUUUUAGUCCAAGUGGUGAAACUUGAUUUUCUAAUGGAGGAACAGAAAAUUAUACAGUUACAGGAUAAUAAACUAGAAAAUGCUUUUGAAAAAUGAUCCAUGCAAUCUGGUAAAGACCAGAAAUAGCCAUGAGUCAAGAUGAGUUUCUACCUAAAAAAUUAUGAAAUGGGAUUACGAGGACUAUGAAGAAAGCUGGAUACUUAAUUUAUACAAGUUAUCUGUAAAUGGAACUUAGUGAAUGAUUAAAUGUGGAAAGGAAGAAGGUGAACACAGGAUAAAUGUUUUAAACAGAAGAUUUUUUUUUUGUGAUAAAUUCUGCUUUUCACUAGGAAUCAACAUUUAGAAGAAAGACAAUUUGGGUAGAAAGACAUUUAUAUUUUAAAUAGUGUAACAUAAGGAGUCUCUAACCAUCUAGAUGCCAGCAGCUGCAGAAAGAAGACUGGCUAACGAUAUGCAUUAGCAGGUUCUCUAUUGAGAGUAAUCUAUUUUGCAGUAGUGAUGAAACUACUGGCAGGAAUGUUCAGUGUUGUGACUAUUAUGGAUUGAUGCAGUACUUUUUAAAAAAACAGUCAUGGAGAAGAUUGCCCAAGAAGAGUAUGUAGAAUGCUACAUACAAUGCUACAGUGAAACUGCAGGAAAAACAACAUUCAUAAGGCAGAUGAAAGAAGAGCUGGGAAAGUUGGCAGAGAAGAAAUGGUCAGCAAGGAGAGAGAAUGCAGAGCUCUGUAACGACAGAACAGCCAACAGUAUUAAAUGAUAAAAAGAGGUCCCGUAGGUAACACUUGGCGAGAAGUCAAUGGUCACCUCGGUGACUCUCAAUAAAGCAGUCAAAAGUAGGUUUAAAGAAUUACUGGUGCUCCUGUAUUAAGAAUAGUCAAAUAAUUAAAAUUUAUUUUAAAGAUGCUGCAAUAACUAAAAAGUUCGUGUCACUGAAAAUCACUUUCAAAAUAUAUGGCAUUAUCCUAAACUAUAACUUAGAACAAAUUUUACCUUCUCAAGGUAAAGUGGCUUCUAAAAAAUUAGCCAAAAGUCAUUCAAAAUCCAUUCUAGGGGUUCAGGAAGAUAAACUGGGAAUAGGACCAAUUUUGUCUAAAAUAGUGAACACAAAUAAUUUAUUCAAACUAUUACCAACUGCUCUACAAUAUCUAUUAGGUGGCAAGCAGUGUUAGGUGCUAUACUACAUGACCCACAAAUACAUGGAGAGUAUAAAGAAGAAACUGAUAAUACACCAGGAAACACACUAAAAUAAUUAUAAAUUAUGACCAGUGCUAAGGAGCAUAUAAUAAAAUUACUUUGAAUAUAAGAAUAUUAAAAAGAGUACCACAAAAAUUCAAUAGUGAGUUAUUGGCAACACAAGAAGUAGAAAAAGAAUAUCCUGGUAUGUCAUCAAUGGUGAAGAGUCCAAAGCAAAGAAAGAAUUUGACAAUAAGGGGUAGUGGCCUGUGAUGUUCCUUAGAUAGCUGACAAUUCCCAAAUCUAAAGGAAACUUGAAAUAACUUCCAAUGUACAGAAGAUCCUCAUAUGAGCUGCCACAAUGGGAAAACAGGUAUUGAUGAGCUCACCACUUAAAAUUUAGUUCCCUUUUCAAACUCUGGCACUUAGUAAUGUCUGACCCAGACACAGAUUCAAAUUUAAGCUUAUGUGGUGAUCAGAAACUAUAGUGAAUGUUCAAAUGUUAAAAAUGACAGUUAAAGAUACUUCAGUAUUUAGCUUCACCAAAAUACUGAAAUAGUACCCAUUUUUAAACACAUAUCCCACUAUUUUUGGUAAAUGUAUCUUUCACUAUAGUAAGUUCUUAAAAAUUUAAAUAUUCAUUAUAGCUUCUGAUUACCAAAUGUGUGUGCUGAUAAGAAAAAUGAUGCUAAAAGAUAGCUCAUAAAACCACUGGCAAGAGAAUCUGCUUACAUUAAGCCAGUAACAGUUGAAAGUAGGAAAACCUGUAAAAUAUAACAUUUGUUUCAAAAGAAUGCUAUGAACAUCAAAGAACUAAGAGAGGUCCCUGGGAAAAUGAGGAAGCCUGAGAAUAGUUUUGGCAUACAGAUUUUUUUUUUUUUUCUCAUGAUCAUGAUGGGAACAAAUACUGUUAGGUUUAUGGCAUCAUAAUUUUGUUGUAAAGUGACCAAAAGGGGGAAAAAAAAAAAACAAAAAAAACACAAAAAACUGGUACUUGACUAAUUUUUCUCUUCAUUUUAAAAUUCAGUAUAAAUCAGUUAUAAUAAAUUGGGAUCAUCUUAAAUUUAAGAAAUCUACUUGAUAACUUUCAGUUUCAUCUUUCAGAAAUAACAUUACUUUAAAAUCCUUUUUUCCAACUUACCUGUAUGAAAUUCAGUCCUUGACAUGCCUUUUUCAGAUAUUCAUGAUUUUUGGAUAAUGAGGAACUUCUAUACUUUGAAUGAUAAUUUUAUUAAGACUAGAUAUAAUUGUGGAUCAUAUUUUAUCCCCUUCCUUUGAACCUGUCCAAUCUUGCUAACUGGAAAGAACAGAAAUCUUGACUUCCACAUAAUUUAAACAGUGGAAUCAUAAACUGACUCUAAUUUGUUGUUAUUCUCAAGGAAUUAGAAGCACUUUAUGUUUAAUUAUCUGAGGGCUCCAAAAUUGGAAAGUAUUCUAAGAUUGCAUCUUAGCCCCAACAGUGCUUUUACAAGACUAUUUCAAUUACAAACAAACCAUAUGACUAGUAAGAUUUCCAAAUCCUAACUGUGAUGUAAGAAUACACAAGUGAAACAGUGCAUCAAAAGAAUGGAACAGUGGAGCGUGGUGGCUCGUGCCUGUAAUUCUAGCACUUGGAAGGUUGAAACAGGAAGGUUAUUGUGAGCUUGAGACCAGCGUGGGUUACAAAGUGAGCUCAAGGCUAGCCUGAACUGCACAGUGAGACCCUGUCUCAAAAAAAAAAAAAAAAAAAAAAAACAGAGGUGGUGUACAUGUAAUUCUUUACAGCUUCAGAUACUUGUGUUUAGUGGAUUCCUGAACAUGGUAAUAAUAUGAAAUUCUGUGACUGCAAAGAACACAAUUUUUAUUGCAAACAGGAUGUAACAAAGUAUCACAUGUAUUAUAAUCACUUCAAAAUACUUAAAUAUCAUAGAAAAAAGAGAACAUUUAAUUCUUACUUCUCUAGCAUCCAUCACUGUCCCCACACCAACAGUGAGAGCCAUAGUUGGCACUUUUGAUAAAUCUCCAUUGAAGUAUUUCGCAUUUGCCAAAAUGGUGUCCAUUGCUAAAGUCUUUAAUCUUGUCCUUGAUACUAAACUGGAUCCUGGUUCAUUAAAAGCAAUAUGACCAUCUGGACCUAUUCCUUUCAAAAGAAUCAUAUACACACAUAAACAUGAAGUAAACUAAGUUUUUCAUAUAUAGUAAAUAUGUUUUCUCAAAGUUCUAUAUAGUUUUAAGAGCAAGGAAAUAAUUGAAAAGACACUUACCUGGUUUUAUUUUAUAGCCGAAUUCCUAAUAACGCAUUAAAAUAUUUAUUUGUAUAUUUUACUCAACAAACUAUUUCCAUGUGCAUAUCAUAGCAUAGAGUUGGCAAGAUUCUAAUAAUAGCAGUAAAUUAAGUUUAAAAUUAAGUAAAAUUAACACCUUAGAAUUCAUAAAUCACUUACACAUACAUUAUUACAAGAGAUGUAUUUAAACAUCUUGUUAGAUGGUAAGAAGGCAAAUCUAUUUUCCUCCUUUCUUCCACCUUUUUGUUAAUACAACAAAGGGAGACUAAGGCUCAAAAAAAUAAGUAAUCCUUUCAAGGUCACUUAUAGUUUAGUAAAUACCAAACAGACUUACAUCUAAAUAUUUUGCAUCCUAACAUAGUGCUCUUUAUAGUCAUGUUUUGAUUUACUUGGUUUUAGUCCAGAAUGGGACAAUUAACUAUUAGAACUUUCUGUAGUACAGUUUCCUCACUUAUAAAAAUACAGAUUGGACAAUUUUUUAAACAUUUUUAAAUUCAAUCUAUUGAUAAGAAGUAACAUUUGACACUACAUUCUAGUAUACACACACAUCUCACCCAAACGUGUAAGUACAAUUAAAAUGAAAAUUAUAUAAAAUCAUACAUGGUUUUACGAGGAGCCAUACAAGCUGCUUUUUAUUUUAUUCUGUAUUAUUAAUAAAAGAAACAAAAUGGGAAUGCUACUUGUGACUGUUACUUUGAUCCUGCAACCACAUAAUGAAAGAAAACAGUUUGAAAAAUACUGUUUUAAUGAGAAUUACAGAUAAUUCUAAUAUUCUAGAAUUGCCUCUAAAAUACAGGUAGGAACACAGCAUUUCUUAUUUUAAAAAAUUGUGAAGUAAGUUUUUACAAAAUAAUUUAUAAAAUAAAUGAACUUUUAUAUAUUCUUACAAUGGUAAUUAAAUAUGUAGCAACUUCAAUUAAAAACUAAAAGUUCUCUAAGUCAUUAAAAUAUUUUUUACAUUUAUAUCCUACAUAUUCACUUUAAUAAUGUUAGGCAUAUUUUACUGACAUUUAGCACACAAUUCUUUUUUAAAUUUUUUUAGCACACAAUUCUAAUACAAAAAUUUCACAAACCACAAUAGCAUAAAAUCUGACAGCUACCUAGUUUUGAAGGGUCAAGAAAAUAAUGAAUAUGAAACAAAUACAGACUAGGAAUGCACAACAAUCUAAGGCUGUUUAAUAUAGUGACAUAAAUUUUUAAUUUAGUCUCCAAGGAUAAAUUCUACUAUUAUGUAUAUGUACUUGUAAAUUUAAAUUUUAAUUACACAUAUCUUUCUAUCUAGACUUGUAAAAGUAUUGUUCUUCCUUUUAGGUGUGCAUAAAUGUUGCUCUUUAUAUGUAUAAAGAGUAAAAGAUGGGACCACAAAAAAAAAAACCCGAAAGACUCUACUAAUAUCAACACUAGUGUUCUUAUUGGUGAACUGGGUCACACAGAACAAAUUAUAAGCAAAGGUUAACAACAGAGACAUGUCAACACAUUCAUUAUUGGUCAUGAGGAACUGAAAAAGUGAAACAGCUGAUACAAGUGUUUAAUUGGCUAGUUCUUACACUUAAGUUUAAAUUAAGACACCAGUAUCUUUAUGAAACAUCUGAAAAAAACUCACUGACUGAUACAUGUCUUCUGUUCUUUUAGUUCUGUGUGUAGAAUAUAAAUUUCAUGCAUAAGGGCUUUCUGUUCAUGUAUCUUUACCAUUUGGAAUAACUACACAGGAGGCACUCUAUGAUGACUGCCAUUCAGUAGUUUCUUCUACCUGUAUCUCUUCUGCUUCUCACUACAAGGACUCAAGUGACCAUAAUUUCUUUUGUCUCUGUCAGGCAGUGACUGUGGUCUAGAAAUAAACACUUGUCCCAAAUGAAUCACACAGAACCACUCUUCAGAUCUGAAUACUGACAUGGGAUACACAACAGAAGGUAUCUAGAAAUGAGGCACUAGAUGGCAACACUGCAGGAAGACAGAUGAGGAGUUCCUAUUUCUGACAGCUGAAGUUCUCGCAUUCUUGUUUUUCCAAAGACUGAGCUAUUUCAACUCUUACUUCAGUUUUGUGAAUAACCCAAAUCAUCCCAUUUAAUGUGCUUCUGGUCUCAUGAGUCACUUCCUAUUAUCAGCAAACUAAAGAAUUCAAUCAUGUGGCAACCAAUCAAACAAAACCAAACCAAGACAAGUCAAAGUUGUCCCUACUGUCCUCUAGUAAAAAAGAAAAGUAAGAUACUAGAUUUGUUUGUGCACUUCUUUGCUGGAGCAAGAUUUUAAAAACUCAUGACACACUUUAUUCUUUCUAAUAACACUUUUUCCAUUACAGGAAGAACUUUUGAGAGUAUACACUCUUCCUUCUCUUUUCUAUCAAAAGACGGGACCGCCUGCUCUAAUUCCCUGCGGUGAGCAGACUGACAAUCCUGAGCUCAUUCUGACUUCAAGACCAACCAACAAUCUCUAUUCCAACUUUACUUUCAAUAAAGCUGAUAUUUUUAUCCCA